UGUCAGAACUUCUCGCGCUGAGAGGGUUUGAUAUUUUGUCACUGAUCCUCUCUUCAGGACUUUCUGCGGGCUGAGAGCUACUUUACGCGCACGACCGGACAGACUUCAGACACGCGUGCGCUCCGACAGACACCCAGCAUCAGUUGUGAAAGUCUCAGCAGAAGCUCUCCGUUGACAUACUGAAGGUGAAGCAGCAGGGAUGUCAUCCAGGCGUGGCUCGGGGAGGAUAUGGAUGUCUAUAUAAAUGACUCGUUCAGUCUGAUCACAGAUGAAAAGAACGUCUCUCUCCUCUCCGCUCUCUAAACAUCCAAAAGUUUCCUCGUCAUGGCAGAGGUGGCUGGAUUUCUCGGGAGCAUCGAUCUGGAUUUGCAGGCUUUUCCAGCAUUGGGGAACGUGCCUCUGUCGGAUGGUUUGAAUGAGAGGUUGGGUCUGAUUGAGGGCAGACUGCAGCGUGGAUCGCUGACGGAUUUUGGCCACCUGAAGGGCAUCCUGCGCAGGAGACAGCUCUACUGCCGCACCGGCUUCCAGCUGGAGAUAUUCCCCAACGGGACGGUACACGGAACCAGACAGGACCACAGCAGAUUCGGUAUUCUGGAGUUUAUCAGUCUGGCCGUCGGGCUGGUGAGCAUACGAGGCGUGGAUGCUGGUCUUUAUCUGGGGAUGAAUGAGAAAGGUGAACUCUAUGGGUCGAAGAAGCUGACAGCAGAGUGUGUGUUCCGUGAGCAAUUCGAGGAGAACUGGUACAACACAUAUGCGUCUACACUCUACAAGCACACAGACACUGGGAGAUACUAUUACGUGGCUCUGAACAAGGACGGCUCGCCUCGAGAAGGCGGCAGGACUAAAAAGCAUCAGAAGUUGACUCACUUCCUCCCCAGACCUGUUGAAAUCGAGAAGAUACCCCAAGCUUACAGAGACUUGUUCCAGCACAGGUGACCAGAGCAUCCAUCGGAGUCGCUGUGUUGGA